AUGUCACGAAGUAUAAUUGCAACAAAUGGAGUCACAUCGGAUCCGCCGAAUGACUCCAUUGAGGCACUUGGCGACUACAUCUUCCACCUUUCAAAUUUCACGGACCCGAAGGCAAAUCGACACAAGGUGAUUCUAUCUAUCGCCGAUUGCAAAUCAUAUCAGGAAGCGCUCAUGCUUGUUCCAGAUGGUGGAGAUUUUCCUCAAGUACCAACAGUUCCUGCUGACAUCUUCACGCUAUGGGUUGAGGUCCACUUCCUGCAGGAUGGACUGACUAAGUUGCAAGAGUACUGUUCCGGACUCCGAGCGAGCGACUCCGUGCCGCUGAAUUCCUUCGACUGCAACGCAAAAAUUGCGAGACCGGAUGGUUGGAUCGACUCGCUCUCUCCCGCCCAGCAAGACGAGAUUACGGCCGUUGCUGUGACGGCGCCCUUUUACCUGACCGGUGAGAAUAUUGAGCACGACAUACUGAACGAUCUGUACGACCCGGUUCUUGAGAUCUACGAUGCCCUGCCUGAUCUACCCGAGAACGCGCGGACCGUCUUCAUCGAUCUGGGAAAGAAGGUACGGAUCGCCAAUCAGAAGGUGAGGGCGUUCCAAGACUCCUUCGGAAUCCAACCGCCCCCGCCUCCCCCACCUGCCGCGUGCACUCCUGCGGGCUUUGACCCGUACCUUACCGACACCCACGUCGACUGCUGCCCCGGCACAACGGAACUUUUCGCUCCAUGGCGCGAUGGGGACCAGACCGGCGUCUGGCAUUACAAGUGCAUCGUCUAA